CCUCCAUGUCCUCCUUGCCCCGCACCAUGUUUGCUCUGAGCUCGCUGUUCCGUACUGCGCACUUCAGAUAUGCGGCUGCUGCUCAGUUUCAUGCAUCUUUAAACUGCAGUAGCGCAAAAAUCGCUGUUGUGUUAUCUGGAUGUGGUGUUUAUGAUGGCACUGAAAUCCACGAGGCAUCAGCAAUCCUUGUGCAUCUAAGUCGGGGAGGUGCAGAGGUUCAGAUGUUUGCUCCCGAUGUGUCUCAGAUGCAUGUGAUAGACCACGGCAAAGGUCAGCCAGUGGAGACAGAGUCAAGGAACGUCUUAUCAGAAUCAGCGCGUAUCGCAAGGGGCAACAUCAUUGACCUGGCAAAACUGAGUGCCAGUAAUCAUGAUGCGGUCAUCUUCCCUGGUGGUUUCGGUGCAGCUAAAAACCUGUCAACAUUUGCUAUUGAUGGGAAGGACUGUAAAGUGAAUGAGGAAGUGGAGCGGGUUUUAAAGGACUUCCAUAAAGCAGGAAAGCCAAUUGGGUUGUGCUGUAUAUCUCCAGUGCUGGCAGCAAGAGUUCUUCCUGGUGUGGAUGUGACGGUGGGUCAUGAGGAGGAGGAAGGUGGGAAGUGGCCAUAUGCUAGUACUACACAAGCCAUCACUGCACUGGGAGCCAAACAUACUGUUAAAGAAGUCACCGAAGCUCAUGUGGACCAGAAGAAUAAGGUGGUGACCACACCUGCAUUCAUGUGUGAAACAAAGUUGCACUUGAUUUUUGAUGGGAUUGGUGCUAUGGUGAGAGACGUCCUAAAGCUCAGCGGGAAGUAAAAGUUCAACCAGUAUAUCAGUAUCUUCAUCAUUAUCACUCAUAUAGGAUCUGUAUCAGACUGCAUAAAUGAAAAAGAGUAGGCUAUUUAUUGCUGUGAUUU